CAUAUAAAACACAUCCAUUGUAUAUUUUAUAUUCAUCAAAAUCUGGAUUGUCAUAUGCAAAGCUUUUUGGGCGAGAAUUAUUGCAAUUUUUUAUUUAAAUUUUAUUCAGCUCGGAAUAGUUUAAACGAAACUUUGUUUGAGAUUAGAUGGAAUUAAUUAAUUGAAGAAUUUCCUUCUACUAAUAAUUACUUAAUAGGAACGCUAGAUAAAAUCAAGGAAUCAUGGGCAAAGGCAUUUAUCUGUAUGGUAAAUUUUAUAGCAAUAAUUAUUAAAUGAUUUUGAUGCUUUAUAUUUAUUUAUUAGCAGUCCUUUACUGCAGGCAUGAUGUCAACUCAACGUGUUGAAGGUAUUAAUGCCAUUAUCAAAAAGUACAUUAACUCUCAAAGCAGUUUAGUGGAUUUUUUUCAAGGUAUCCAGUCCUUUCUUCACAAUCAAGCUACCAAAGCUGAAUAUCGAGACUGGAUUGAAUCGCUACCUCAUAUAAACAUUUUAACAUCAGCAUCACAACAGAUAUUUCUACAUAUAAUCAAAGAAUUGAAGAAGUAUUUUACAUCAGAAUUGUA